UUGUCUCAUCCCCUGCAUCGUCCUCUCUCUCUACGCGGACCCCGAGUGCCGGGGGUUUACGUCGCCGGGACGGCAGAUGUCAGGAUGCCGGAGCAGAGUAACGACUAUCGUGUGGUCGUAUUCGGGGCGGGCGGCGUUGGCAAGAGUUCCCUCGUGCUGCGCUUCGUGAAGGGGUCCUUCCGCGAGUCCUACAUUCCGACCAUCGAGGACACCUACAGACAGGUGAUAAGUUGCGAUAAAAACAUAUGCACACUUCAAAUUACGGAUACAACGGGGUCCCAUCAGUUUCCCGCUAUGCAGCGACUCUCCAUAAGCAAAGGUCACGCCUUCAUCUUGGUGUACUCGGUGUGCUCACGGCAAAGUCUCGAGGAGCUACGACCGAUCUGGGCCGUGAUAAGGGAACUCAAGGGCCAAGAUAUCUCGCAGAUACCUAUUAUGUUGGUCGGGAAUAAGUGCGAUGAGAGUCCAUCGGUGCGUGAGGUGUCGAUGAGCGAGGGCGCGGCUGAAGCGGCCAACUGGGGCUGUGGCUUUCUGGAGACCUCGGCCAAGACGAAUCACAACGUGGACGCCCUGUUUCGAGACUUGCUCACCCUCGAGAAGAACCGCUCGGUCUCGUUACAGCCGGUGCAGAGCAACAACGCGAUAAGACUUAAGGAGAAAUGUGCCGUUAUGUAAAAAUCCACGCUCCGAUCCGCAUCGCGUACUCGUAUAUAUCCGACGAGGACGAGGACGAGGACGACGACGAUAGGGUAUACUUGCGAUCGCGGCGCGGCGAGGCCCUCCGGGAAAAAAAAAUAGCUGGCAUCGGAUCCGUCAUCCUUCGAGACGGGGCCUCGCCGCUAUCCGCCGCUGAUAUUCCAAAGCCGGUUUCGCCAACGACGGACGACUUGUUCGCGACUUGUAUCCCUGAUGGCGGCUUCCGCACGUCUUCAUCUCAUCAAAAGGUUUACGGCGCGUCAUACCUACUUGUUAUGUUCGUACGAACGCGCGGGCCUAGAGAAUAUCUUUGCGAAACUUCGAAUUUUAAAAAUAACUUUUAAGGAUCCUAAGAGAAAGUUUUUAGAAUUUUCAAUUCCGAGAACGUUUCUGGGCCUUGAUGGGUCAAUUAAGGGUGCGACCUGAGGAAGACAGGAGGCACUUUUAGUCGACGAACGCGAAAGAAUUAACUCGAAUUCAUGUGUGCGUUGCUCGUCGAUGGUGAAGCCUUUUUAUUUUUAAGUUACGAUACUUUACGCAAUUAGACCGCUCUCGACCGUGUAUGAUUUCUCCGCGCUCGAUGAUAUGAAAAAUUAUUCGAGUUCCCGUUUCUUGUUUUUGACUCCGUCAUGGAAUCGUCCACGGUAAUCUCGAUCUGCGACGAGAGUUGGCAAAAGCAACGAUACCAAUUUUAUCAUCAAGAACAGUAGCGCGUUUCGCCGCUACGGUAAGUCUGGCAUUAAUUGUAACGAUAGCUACGUUCAGCAGAAAAAGCAGCUUUGCGACUGUUGUAAGUUUCCUUAAUAUUAUGAUUGGUUUAUAUAUUUAGAUUCAGUGAGAAACUAAAGGCAAGAACCAAUUAUAUUAAAGAAGCUUAUAACAGUUCCAAAGUUACUUUUUCUAGAUAUUGAACAUAGCCAAGCUCACAAAACACAUUGCAAACUACUGAUCGUUACUGAUGUUUUCAUUU